ACGAAUCGAACGAAUGGGAAGAUAACGAUGAUGUAGGUGCGGUUGCAAGUGGUGAAGAAGAAGCCGAGCUCGGUAGAAUGACGAUGAUGUCGCUAAUUUCCUCGUUGGCUCCUAUUGUGGGAUCCGAGAAAUGUACUCGCCUAUUUGUACCAGAAAUGGAUAAAAUGGCAGAAGAACAUGUGUUUUAUGUACGAAAGGAAGCGGCCUUGGCAGUUGGGAGUUUGGCUAGUGUAUUGCCUCUAGACAUAAUAACUUCAAAAUUGUUGCCCAUAUACGACCAUUUCUCCACUGAUCCUAUUUGGCACGUUCGUCGUUCCUGCUGUCUUGUCCUUCCCACAAUAUGUUCCCGUUUGCCAGAAGAAAUGAAAUCCGACCGAGCAGUCAAAGGCAUUGACCUAUUUGCAGGAGAUGUUAGUCGUAGUGUUCGUUCCGCAGCCGGCGAAAUUAUUGGGGAGCUAAUAGCUAUUUUUAAACCUGAUGGAAAAGUUCCUGAAAGCUUGGUGCAACAUUUUCUGAGUCUAGGCCCUGUAAGAGAAGGCAUUCACAGUAAUGAAUUUAUGGGUGCUUUUAACGGAGGGCACAGGGACUCUGAACGCCCAGUUAUUUGUGCAUAUAAUUUUCCUGGUCCAACAAAGACCAAAGAGGAUCUGUUAAAUGUUUUUGCAUCUUAUUUGGAUGACAUAGAAGUUAGAUCUGGUCUUAUAGAGCAUCUUGCUGCGUUUAUCGAAUGUUUGCCUCAAUCUACUCGAAAUGACUGUUUGCCAUCAUUAAAUAGUGUAUGGGACGGAGUCAGGAAUCAAUGGCGACUGAGAGAUGAAAUUACAAGACAAAUUCCUGCUUUGUGUCGAUUGUUUGAUGAACAAAGUGUGAUAAAUCAUAUAUUACCAUUAACUAUAAGGGCAGUCAAAGAUUCGGUGGCUAGUGUUCGAGAGACUGCAGUUGCUAGUGAUCCUGCAAGUCGGUCAUCACAAGUAAUUGACAUGAUACACAUUCUUUCCCAAGACUCUGAUGUUGAUGUACGCGGAUUUGUACUUCCUUUACUGUCUUCUGGGAAAAGGUCGAAAUUCAUGUCUUCCACAAUACAAACGAUGUCAGAAAGCACCGAAAAUAGCUAUGACCCUAUAAAAGAUGAGCUGGAUCGAUCUGAAGUGGUUGGACAAAAUUCCCUCAAGUCUGCCGAAACAUUACCUUUGACAAAAGAAAUUAUUGAAGAAUCGAACUCGAUUAAACCGUACGAUAUCGAGAAUGGUCGUGACGAAGACUCGCUGAGUGUAAUUAUGGGGGAGAUUCCAAUAACAUUCUUAAGACCUAAUAAUGCAAUCGAAGUACCAUCAUCUUCGCCCCCCAUUUAG